AUGACGACAGUCGCGACACUAACAUUCACAGAGACUGGACAGUCCGUAGGCCUCCUCCAGGAUACGACCCUCAUCCUUGUCCAGCUGACCUCAAAGGGAGACGAAAUCACAAUCACGAACCUCGGAACAAACCGAUCCUCACUCAACGGCAAAGCACUCUCCAACGACACACCCUCCAAGGUCAAGGACAGCGAUGUCAUUACCCUUAUCGAGCUCAACAGCGACUCGAGUCCCGCACAGGACAAGAGCACCAGGAAGGAGUCUCCUGUCGGUAUUGCCAGCAGUGGUAACACGUCGUCGCCUUUGAAACCACCACCCGCCUUCCCGCGUUCCGCACCUCCUUCUAAAAAAACCGAGACUCCAACUGCAACAACGACCACUGGAACCACAGAGAGACCAAAGACGGAUUCGCUGUCAGCAUCAAGGGCACCCGCCGCAAGUACCACCAUCAAUGCCAUCACAUCCACUACUGCCGCUACAGCAAAUCCGGUCUAUACCAAUUUAACGCGUGCUCAUGACCCGACAAAUAUACCACACAGCUACAAGGAUAUCGAUGAUAUCCACAGAAUGGAGAUUGUCGACGACUCGGAAAACACGUCCGAUUCUGACAAGGAGGACGCCAUGGACGUCGACGCGCGAUCCAGCGACAUCUCAGCAGAGUCCAGCUUCAUCUGCGAGGACCUCACCGACUCGGGGAAUGGGUCCGAUUCCGACGAAGGACAUUGA